UCACUAUGGUCCCCACGCACAUAAGAAUUUCAUCAUUUUUGGAAUCCCCACCUUCAUAGGUUGCAAGAAUUACAAGAAUCACAAACAAACAGUGUCUUUUUCAGUUCAGGUUCCUCAUGAGUCAUGGCUUCUACUUGGAUUUAUGGUAUCAUUUUCCUUGUUCUUGCUAUGCAACAGUCUUUCCUAUUUCUAGCUCUUGCUUCAAGCAAUAUUCACAUUGUGUAUAUGGGGGAGAGACAGCAUGACGAACCGGAACUCGUUCAGGACUCGCACCAUGAAAUCCUGUCAAAUAUAAUUGGAAGCAGUGAAGCUGCCAAGGAGUCGAUUCUGUACAGCUACAAGUAUGGGUUUUCGGGGUUUGCUGCAGCCUUAACUGAGUCUCAAGCCAAGCAAAUUGCAGAUUUCCCAGGAGUUAUUCGAGUAGUUCGAAACCGAGUUCUUAGCUUGCAAACAACUAGAAGUUGGGACUUUCUCCAAGUAAAGAGCCAAAUUGUGAAUGGGAUUACUUCAAUGAGUCAAUCGGGAAACGGGUCCAUUAUUGGUGUCAUGGACACUGGAAUCUGGCCCGAGUCUGCAAGCUUCAAAGAUGAGGGAAUGGAAAAUGCUCCGCCUCGUUGGAAAGGCAUAUGUCAACAAGGAGAGAAGUUCAAUAGCUCCCACUGUAAUAGAAAAAUUAUUGGUGCACGAUGGUAUGUCAAAGGAUACGAAGCUGAGUUUGGAAAGAUGAAUACAAGUGAUGGGGUUGAAUACUUAUCUCCCCGAGAUGCUUCAGGACAUGGUACUCACACAUCAUCUACUGCUGCCGGGGCUCCGGUACAAAAUGCGAGUUUUAUGGGAUUAGCUCAAGGAGUGGCAAGAGGUGGUGCUCCAUUUGCUUGGUUAGCUGUUUACAAAGUUUGCUGGGCUACUGGUGGCUGCAGCUCAGCUGACAUUCUAGCCGCAUUUGACGAUGCAAUUUUUGAUGGUGUAGAUGUGCUUUCAGUAUCUCUUGGCUCACCACCUCCACUUGAUACAUAUAUUGAUGAUGUCUUGUCCAUUGGUUCCUACCAUGCCGUAACUAAAGGAAUUUCUGUUGUCUGUUCCGCUGGGAAUUCUGGUCCUUACUCUCAGUCUGUCAUAAAUACAGCUCCAUGGGUCAUAACUGUGGCAGCAAGUACCAUCGAUAGAGCUUUCCCCACUGUCAUCACUUUAGGAAACAAUCAAACUUUUGUGGGUCAGGCUUUCUAUACAGGGGAGGAUAUGAACGAAUUUCACCCUAUUGUGAAUGGACAAGAUAUAGCAGCUGAUGAUUCAGAUGAAGACAGAGCAAAGAGCUGUGUUUCAGGAACCCUAAAUGCCACUUUAGCAAGAGGAAAAGUAGUUCUUUGCUUUGCAACUCGAUCACAAAGUUCAGCUAUUGUUGCAACCAGUGCUGUACUUGAUGUUCAGGGAGCUGGUGUCAUCUUUGCCCAGUUUCCCACAAAGGAUGUCACUUUAACCUGGGGUAUUCCUUGUGUCCAAAUAGACUUUGCAAUUGGCACAUCUCUACUCACGUACAUGGAUAUGACCAGAAAUCCUAUAGUCAAGUUUAGCCCAACAGAGACAGCUGUGGGACAACAGAUUUCCCCAGAAGUGGCAUUCUUCUCCUCUCGAGGACCUAGUUCCUUGUCUCCAUCUGUAUUGAAGUUGAUGUAUUUGAGUGUGUGGCUGCAGCCUGAUAUUGCUGCUCCUGGAGUUAAUAUUCUGGCCUCCUGGUCCCCUGCUUAUUCCCCCUUUCAAUCAGAUAUGACCCAAAAACACCUCCCUCCGCUGGACUUCAGUAUUGAUUCAGGAACUUCCAUGUCUUGUCCCCAUAUAUCUGGCAUUGUGGCCCUUCUAAAAGCUAUCCACCGAACAUGGAGCCCUGCUGCAAUCAAGUCUGCGCUGGUUUCUACAGCUUCUUUGAAAGAUGAAUAUGGUCAAUGCACAGUUGCUGAAGGAGCUCCCCAUAAGCAGGCUGACCCAUUUGACUAUGGAGGUGGUCAUGUUGAUCCUAACAAAGCCAUAGCUCCUGGUCUCAUAUAUGACAUGGGGUCCUCAGACUAUUUCCAUUUUCUUUGUUCCAUGGGAUACAAUCAUACUACCAUCAGUUCGAUGACUAGGUCUAGCAGACGUUGCAAUAAGUCAGCCAACUUCCUUGUAAAUCUUAAUCUGCCUUCUAUUACCAUUCCUGAGCUGAAGAAUAACUUAACUGUGUCGAGAAAGGUAACAAAUGUGGGUCCGGCUAAUUCUAUUUACACUGCUUUUGUUGAAGCACCAGCUGGAACUGAAGUGAUAGUUAAGCCAUCAAUUUUAAGGUUUAACUCUACAACAAGGAAUCUGAAGUUCAAGGUGAUUUUCUGUUCCACGCUAAGAGUUCAAGGAAGAUACUCGUUUGGGAAUCUGUUUUGGUUAGAUGGUUUCCAUGUAGUUAGAAUACCGUUGACAGUGCGGACUGUCAUUGAUAAUUUUUAUGCACAAACAUGAUGUUGUUGUAAUCAACUGUAUCAAUAAAUUAUCAUCAACAUUUACA